CGAUGGUUGUGUCGAUGGAUUCAGACCAUCAUCCCCUGAGACCCCCGGGCAGCCCAAACUCGGGGAAGGUUCUCAUCCGCCGAGUGGAUGGACGUUAUUUACCGGCACCGACGCAGAGGCAGCUGCCCCAGCCCGUGGCAGCCGACGUGCAGGAUCACCACAGCCAGACACUGAGACGACUCCUGCCCCUCCACAAGCAGAAACGUUCCUGUAACACGGCAACGUGUGUGACCAUCCGCCUGGCCAACUUCCUCAGCCGUUCUGGGGCAAUGGGCAGCAGGAGCUUCAUUCCCACUGACGUCGGGGCGAAAGCGUUCGGGAGGAAGCGUCGCGGCGUUCCGAUGUAGGAGCUCCGCUGUCCUGCACAGAUAAGACCCACUGUUGAAACUUCCCAGGUGUGUGACGUCUGAAUUCCGCUCUAUUCUGGAGGAACUACAGCACCCCUGUAACGUCGCCAGAGAUUCAAAAUCCCGGGAGAGAUAAGGCAUCGGAGGCAACCAUGUCCCCCACAACACAAUUUCUCAAACCAUUAGUGUAAAGGCUCCAUUGCACCACAUCCUCUCUCACUCCCUGGUGUCAAUAUCAAAUUCCCAGUUGUAAUCAAGGCUUGAAUUAUUAUAUUCAUUUGAUUUUUCACGUGAGAGAUCAAUUAUUUUAAAAAGAGAUCUCAAGGGACUUUCAGUAUCCAGACACAGUUAAGUCAAAACAUUACUCCUGAAAUACAGGGAAAGUUGGAUAGGUUAGGACUUUAUUCACUGAAGUACUAGAGAAUAAGGGGUGAUCUUAUAGAAGUAUACAAAAAUACAAGGGGUAUAGAUCGAGUGAAUGCAAGCAGGGUUUUUCCCCUCAUGGUAAGUAGAACUAGAACUAGAGGUCAUAGGUUAAGGGUGAAAGGUGAAAUAUUUAAUGGGAACCUGAGGGGGAAUUUCUUCACUCACUUCACUCAAGCAGGCUUUUUCCGCUGAGGUCGGGUGAGACUAGAACUGAAGGUCAUUGGUUAAGGGUGAAAGGUGAAAUAUUUAAGGGGAAUCUGAAGGGGAACUUCUUCACACAGAGGGUGACGGAAGUGGGAAACAAGCGGCCAGCGGAAGUGGUAGAGGCGGGUUCAAUUCAAGAGAAGCUUGGAUAGUUACAUGGAUGGGAGGGGUACGGAGGGUCCAGGUGCAGGGAGAUGGGAGUAGGCAGAAGGUAUGAUCGGCAUGUCCUACGCCUUUGCAAAAAACCUUCCACUUUCUUCCAUGUAUUCACAAACAUCUUUUAUUUGGCUCUCUAUCUGCACCGAAUCUUUCCUCAUCCAUCCAAUGCCACCCUGUUAAGCCACGACCGGUGGCUUCCCCACAAGCAAGUGUAAUUGGUCAUAAGAAAUAGGAGCAGGAUUAGGCCAUUUGGCCCCUCAUUCCUGCUGCACCAGUUCAACAAGAUAGUGGCUGAUCACUUUCAGUUCCCUCUCCAUCCAUUUCUGUAAAUUAAAAAAUAACUUAAAUGCACUCGGUGAUCGAGUCUCCGCAGUCCAUGUCUGUGGAGAAUCACAAAGAUUCAGCAGUCUCUAUCAUACACUCCUACAGGGCAGAAACCGACCCUUCGGACCACAAUGUUCACGCCAACCAGCGUCGCUAACUGUACCAGACACUAAAGGUUCUGCAGGUGCCAGAAAUCUUGAGUAGUAUGUACAAAAACUCUGGAGGAACUCAGCGGGUCGGGCAGCAUCUAAGGAGGGGAAUAAGCAGUCGACAUUUCAGGCCAACACCCUUCACCGGAACUGGAAAAGGAAGGGGGAAGGAGGCAGAAUGAGAAGGUGGGGAAGAGGAAGGGAAAGCUUGAGGAAGAAAGGUGAGACCAGGUGAGGGGGAGGAUGAUGCAUGAAGCUGGAAGGUGAUAGGUGGAGGAGGUAGACGGGGUCCAUGAACUUCUAUACCUGGGCGAGAUCAGGUGCUUCCCAACCUGUUCUAUGCCAUUGAGGCUUACCAUUAACGAAGGAGACCGUGAACCCCAGGUUAGGAUCUCCUGGUCUAGCUGUUUCUCGUUCAAUGUUGUGAAAGUCUCUGCCGCAGCCUCCUCUCCCAAUGGCGAGUUCUUGGGCCCAGUCGCUCCCUGUGUGAGCCAUUUCCUCUCAGAUCCACUCCAAGCCUCGUACCACUCGAAGUCCUCUGGGACGACCCCACCACAUGUAAACGUUCAUACCAUCUACCCUUCGUUGUUUCCUAUACUUCUAUCAGGUCACCCCACCUGUCCCCCCAAGCUUCCUCCUCCCCAGUCCACCCGCGGAGGGUACAGUAGGCGGGAGGCCUUCCGAAGGAUGUGAAGAUCUAAAGAUGAGUUUAACUUGUCACAUGUACACCGAACCGAAAAAUGGGGUGAAACUCGGCGUUUCAUUCAACGGAAAACCCGUUCUGAAGAUGUGCUGUGUCGCAGUGUUUCUGGCACCAACAAAACAGGUGGACAAUCCACUAGCCCUUUGUUCCAUCAGGUCCACCCCCUUUACCCCCAAUUCUACAUUAAUCCUACUUUUCAAAAUUUAAAACCCUCUCCAGUACGAUCAUGUCCCUCAUAUAUUAUGGCAACUGGAACAGCACACAAUAUUCACUUUACCCUGGGGAUAACCCUCUCUGGCUCGCAACUGUGAGCUCUGGCUCCAGGCACCAAUCCCCACACUUACUCUGGUCAGCUCCCCAAUCGAAGGCACACACGCCAUUCUUAAAGCAAAAUCGAUGAAAAUGCAAACUCUAUUGAUUGUUGGCAAGGAGUUUCAUCAGUGGGGAAAGAGUGGGUUUACAGGAAGCCCAUUUCUCUGACAAAAAUAUUCAUGCCGUGAUUAUAAGACACGCUCUCACACCUGGGUCUACGUAUGGGACCCCUUAUUGUUGCAGCUCACUGAUAAAUGUGUAGUUGCCGUGAUUUCAUGAUUUCCUACCCACGGUGACACCUCCCUCCCUCAGUGAGCAACCUAUAGUCAGUUCUGUAAGUCAGCAAUGCUCCCCUUGAGAGAAGGAUUUAAACAGUAACCCAUAUAACAUCUUCUACUGCAUAUGAAUGCGUGAGUGCGUGCGUGUGUGUGUGUGUGCGUGCGUGUGUGAGUGUGUGCAUGUGUAUGUAUGCGUGUGUGUGUGUGUGUGUGUGUGUGUGUGCGUGUGGGUGUGUGUCUGUCUGUGUGUAUGGUAUCCCAAU